AUGGAUGCUUCUCCGGAGGAGAUAAUUGCACUGGCAGAUCAGUUGGGUGAACUCGCAAAGAGUGCGGCCACAGCACAAGAUCCCAAGACACGAAAACACCAGACAUCCGCACUUGUUUUGCAAGCAAAAGAGUUGAUCUGGAAAGUACAAGACCCAUACGAUGCUGUCAUGGACCACGUCGUCAACGGAUACACGAUCUCAGCCUGUCUCUCCGCCUCAAAGCUCGGAAUCUUCGAAGCAAUUCCUCCUACUGUCCGCCUCAUGCGACAAUUGACCUGUGUCAGCAUCUUCAACGAGGUCCGGCUUGGUGAAUGGGCACACAAUCGACUCUCGAUUAUGCACAGUGAGCAUGUUGGCGCGGCAAGUGGCAAGUGGCUGUACAGCGUCUCGCUUGACGAGAUGGCUCCGGCGAUGUACCGAUUGAACCACUAUCUGGACCGUUUCGGCAACCACUCACUCCUCGAAACUUACACUGAAACUCCGCACUCAUGGUAUUACGACGUGCUGGGCAAAAAUUUCUGGGAAGUGAUGAACUCAUCCCAUGACCGCAUCGAAAACUUCAUCCGUGGCCUUGGGACUUUUGACGCUCUGCAUCCGGUGGUCGCCAUGUUCCCAUUCGAGGAGGCAUUGCAGAAAGGUAACUCCCCGAAUCGUCCGCUCAUGGUCGACAUCGGUGGCGGAAGAGGCCUGGCGUUGCUGGAGAUGAGGAAAGGUUGCCCGAGUCUUCAAGGUGAACUGGUCCUGCAAGAUCGUCCAUGCAUCCUCGAUGACAUUUCAGCCGAAGACCUACCAGGAGUGAAUAAGAUGGCCCAUGAUUUUUUCCAAGAGCAACCUGUUCGGAACGCGCAGCUGUAUUACAUUCGUCGGGUCUUGCAUGACUGGCAGGACAAAGAUGCAGCGCGUAUCAUGAAGGCUAUCGUGCCGGCCAUGGCAAAGGAUAGCCGCAUCAUCAUCUCCGACAUGGCCAUACCAGAGCCAGUUACGGCAAGAGAUGCUGGAGCUGUCUGGCUGGAUCUCAUGAUGAUGAGUAUCGGCGGUAAGGAAAGAACUGUGCGCGACUGGGAACGACUGGCGGAAUUGAGUGGAUUGAAGCUCAUGCGAGUGUGGCAAGAGCAUGAGAGAUUUGGACCUCUUUGCGUCGUCGAAUACAUGCUCCCGGAUGCUCACCAACACCAACGUCUCAAUCUUGGUUUGGAUGGGGCUCAGGACAUUGACGAGGAUGAAAUGAUGACUCCAAAGCUCACUCCUGUUGAUGGAGAACAUCUUUCAGACCCUUGCCUAGAAGGGCUUGAUUCCAAAGAGGUUGACUGGGAAAGUUCUACCGUGGUUGGCGACCGUGAGCAGAGCCUCGAACCGCAAUCUUAGGCGCAUGUGUGGCUGAAAGAGUCGAUGAUGACACCGCGCCGGCCUUGAGGUGCUUUAUGUGAGCAUAGGCAUAGAGAUGUCGGAGUACAUAAUGUCGUGAGACGCGGUGGGAGUCAGCCACCAAUUCCGGGCUGAUUGAAGAACCUCUUGGACAGAAGUACUCUAUCUUCAUGUAUUUCGGAGGAGGCCAUCAGCCGAUACUAUCAUUGCCAGCAUUACUG